CAACACAUUUGACAUUAGCCUAACCUAAAAUAAAAGACAACUUCAUUAGCUUCAAAUCAAAUUUGUAUUUUUUAAUUUCAAUUUCAAGUUCUCAACAAUUAAAUAUUAAUUUUUUUAUAGUUUAAAGUGCGAUUUUUCUUACUAUCUGUUACCUAACUUUGAAUUUGACGUUGACAUCGGGGAGUGAUGAUUUUUUUAAAUUGUUGUAGUGUUAAAUAUAGUCAAAAUUAAUAAGAAGUAUGAACAACUUUAGACAACUUAUAUUUAAUGCAUUUCGAGUAAAUAAGUUACGAAACUCCGCGAUAGUAAAAAAUGUCUGCUUCAGAGAGAAUCCCAGAACUUUUACAGCUAUCACAAAAUUCCCAUUUGUACCCAACCUCCAAAAAAAUACUUUAUUCAGUAUUCAUAAAAGUGUCUUAGCUGUGAGUUUACUAACUUGGCUAGGGUUUGCAAAAGAGGACGAAGAAAAGGAAUCAGAACUAAUAAUGACCUUAAAGAGAGCUGUGCUUUGUAUGCAAAGAGAACAGUUCGAGAAAGCCGAGCAAAUGCUUCAUCUUGCAUUGAGAAUAGCACAGCAGCAACAAAAUGAACAAGGUAUAGUUUAUUGCUACGAUUUAAUGGCGAAUUUAGCAUUUGAUCAAAGGGAUUUAAAUAAGGCACAUAAAUUAUUUGUAAGUGUCCUACAAAUGCUUCUUAGUUCUGGAAUUGCAGACGAUGAUAUUAAGGUAAUUCACAUAAGCUUAAAACUAGCUAGAAUAUGCCAACUUUAUGCUGAAAUUGAAAAUGCCGAAAUCGGUUAUAAAUGGUGCCUGGAACAAAUCAAAAAGAAAAAAGCCCAGACAGAUGACAGCAAAGUACUAAACGGAGUCAUACAUGAUUGGUACGCUCAAUUCCUAUUAGACAAAGGAGAAGUCAACAAAGCUUUAGUGCAUCUUAAAGAAGCUCAUAAAAUAUGUAGCGAGAUGGUGGGCAACAGUUCUGAUGAAGCAGUUUUAUUAUUAAAUGACUUAGGUACUACGAGUUUUAGAGCUGAAGAUAUGGUGAACGCAGAAAAGUAUUUAACGGAAGCUGUUAGUAUAGGAAAACAGCUUGAAGACAAAUCACAUUUAGGGGUUGUACAGGCCAAUUUAGGCUUAGUUUUACUAGAUAAGGGCUUUAUGGAUUUAGCAGAAAAGAAUUGUAAAGAGGCGUGGCAUUUAGGAAGGAAGCUUGAGAACAGCGAAUCAAUUAACCAGGCCAGUUAUUGUUUAGACCAAAUAAAGAUGAAUUUGGAAGAGAAGAGCAAGAAAGUGCCAGCGUAGUCUAGAUAUUUUAUGACGUUCAGUAUUUUUGUUAUUAAUUUUUUUAAAUAAAAUAUAUUAUAUUUUGA